AGAAAGAAAGAAAGAAAGGAGAAACAAUCUGAGGAGAGACGCUUAAGAGCGAAUGACAGACCUUUCAACCUGGCCUACCGAUACGCUAACAAUGCCAUCAAGACCUCCAAAUACAACAUUUUCAACUUCCUGCCGCUCAACCUCUUCGAGCAGUUCAGGAGACUGGCCAACGCCUACUUUUUCUUCCUCUUCUGCCUUCAGCUCAUCCCACAAAUUUCCUCUCUGUCCUGGUUCACCACGGCAGUCCCUCUGAGUCUGGUGCUUUCUAUAACAGGAGUGAAAGAUGCCAGCGACGAUAUAAACAGACACAAAAGCGACAAACACGUGAACAAUCGCAAAGUGAACGUCCUCAUCGAUGGAGAAUUACGGAAUGAAAAAUGGAUGAAUGUUCAGGUUGGGGACAUCGUCAAACUGGAAAAUAACCAGUUUGUAACGGCUGAUCUUCUGUUGCUGUCCAGUAGUGAACCUCUCAGUCUGGUCUACGUAGAAACGGCUGAAUUAGAUGGCGAAACCAACCUGAAGGUGAAACAGGCCCUGACUGAAACUGGAGAGAUGGGCGACAGCAUCGAAGCGCUGGCCAGUUUCAAAGGUGAAGUGCGAUGUGAGCCUCCCAACAACCGUCUGGACAAAUUCAAAGGGACUCUGACCUUGAACGAGGACACCUUCUCCCUGGACAACGACAAAGUGCUGCUCAGAGGAUGCACACUGAGGAACACAGAGUGGUGCUUUGGCCUGGUCAUCUUUGGAGGCCCUGACACCAAGCUGAUGCAGAACAGCGGUAAGACGACGUUCAAACGGACCAGCAUCGAUCACCUCAUGAAUAUCCUGGUGCUGAGUAUCUUUGGCUUCCUGGCGUUCAUGUGCACCAUUCUGGCUAUUGGCAAUGCAAUCUGGGAGACGAAAGAAGGCUCUGUAUUCACAGUGUUUCUUCCACAUGUGAGCGGCAUCAACGCCCAGUUGUCGUCCUUCCUCACCUUCUGGUCCUACGUGAUCGUCCUCAACACCGUGGUGCCGAUUUCCCUCUACGUCAGCGUGGAGAUCAUCCGACUGGGGAACAGCUUCUUCAUCGACUGGGACAGGAAGAUGUAUUAUCCCAAAAAUGAUACCCCCGCCCAGGCCAGGACCACCACGCUCAACGAGGAGCUCGGCCAGAUCAAGUACAUCUUCAGUGACAAGACGGGCACCUUGACGCAGAACAUCAUGACCUUCAACAAGUGCUCCAUCAACGGGAAAAAUUAUGGGGACUUGUAUGACCAUUCUGGAAACAGGAUCGAAAUAACCGAGAAAACAGAACGGGUGGAUUUCUCCUGGAACCAGCUGGCAGAUCCGAAGUUCGCGUUUCACGACCACAGGCUGGCGGAGACGGUGAGAGCCGGAAACCCAGAGGCCCAUGCCUUCUUCCGCCUGCUGGCACUGUGCCACACCGUCAUGCCUGAGGAGAAGACAGAGGGAGAUCUCCACUAUCAGGCUCAGUCUCCCGAUGAGGGCGCUCUGGUGACUGCAGCCAGAAACUUUGGGUUUGUGUUUCGCUCUCGCACGCCUGAGACCAUCACCGUUGUGGAGAUGGGAAGACAAGUGGUCUACGACCUUCUGGCCGUGCUGGACUUCAACAAUGUGCGGAAGAGGAUGUCAGUAAUUGUGCGAAGCCCCGACGGUAAGAUGACUCUUUUCUGCAAAGGAGCAGACACCAUCAUCUACGAGAGACUGCAUCCGUCCUGUAGCAAACUGAUGGAGGUCACCACCGAACACCUCAACGAAUAUGCCGGUGACGGCCUCCGGACGCUGGUUCUGGCCUACAAAGACUUAGACAAAAGCUACAUGGAGGGGUGGGUAAAGCGCCACCACAAGGCGAGCACCGCCCUGGAGGGACGAGAGGAGCAGCUGGACGUGCUCUAUGAAGAGAUAGAGAAAGACCUGAUGCUGCUGGGAUCAACAGCUGUGGAGGACAAGCUGCAGGACGGCGUCCCUCAGACGAUAGAGCAACUGGCCAAAGCUGAUAUCAAAAUCUGGGUGCUGACUGGAGACAAACAAGAGACGGCAGAAAAUAUCGGUUAUUCCUGCAACAUGCUGAGGGAGGAGAUGAAGGACGUGUUCAUUGUGGCUGCAAAUACAGCAGAAGGAGUCAAAGAGGAGCUGCAGGCAGCGAGGAGAAAAAUGUGCCCGAACGGAGCGGAGAAACCAUCUGUGGUGGAAUCCCGUGCCGGCCUGUUCUGGCUGCAGAAGACUCGGACGGUGCAGGACGAGCCGGUGGAGGGAGAAUACGGCCUGGUGAUCAAUGGACACAGUCUGGCCUUUGCAUUGCAGAAGGACUUGGAGCUGGAGCUGCUGAGGACGGCGUGCAUGUGUCAGACGGUGAUCUGCUGCAGGGUCACCCCUCUGCAGAAGGCCCAGGUGGUCCAGCUGGUCAAGAAAUACAAGCAGGCCGUCACUCUGGCCAUCGGGGACGGGGCCAACGACGUCAGCAUGAUUAAAGCCGCUCACAUCGGGGUGGGCAUCAGCGGUCAGGAGGGCAUGCAGGCGGUCCUCUCCAGUGACUUCUCCUUCGCACAGUUCCGUUACCUGCAGCGCCUCCUGCUCGUGCACGGCCGCUGGUCCUACCUCCGCAUGUGCAAGUUUUUGCAGUACUUUUUCUACAAGAACUUCACCUUCACCUUCGUGCACUUCUGGUACGCCUUCUUUUGCGGCUUCUCAGCACAGACUGUUUACGACGAGUGGUUCAUCACCUUCUACAACAUGGUUUACACAGCGCUUCCCGUUCUGGGCCUGAGCCUCUUUGAUCAGGACGUCGACGACCGCUGGAGCUUCCAGCACCCUCAGCUUUACACCCCGGGCCAGCUGAACCAGUACUUCAAUAAGAAAGCCUUCCUGCGCUGCAUGAUGCACAGCUGCUACAGCUCCCUCAUCCUCUUCUUCAUCCCGUGGGCCGCCAUGUACGACACGGUGAGGGACGACGGCAAAGACAUCUCAGAUUACCAGUCCUUCGCCUUGCUGGCCCAGACAUGCCUGCUCAUCGUGGUGAGCUUACAGCUGUGUCUUGACAUUUAUUACUGGACGGCGGUCAACCAGUUCUUCGUGUGGGGAAGUCUGGCCGCUUACUUUGCUGUUACGUUCACCAUGUACAGCAACGGCAUGUUUUUAAUCUUCACCUCCUCUUUCCCCUUCAUCGGCACAGCGAGAAACUCUCUGAACCAGCCGAACGUGUGGCUGACCAUACUGCUGGCCUCCCUCCUCUGUAUUCUCCCUGUGGUGGCUUUCCGCUUUAUCAUCAUUCAGCUUCGGCCCACGAUUAACGACAAGGUGAGAUAUAAGUUUCGGAAGGAGGCGCUGCCCGCUCCCGCUCCACGCCGCCCGACACGCAGACGGAUCAGCACCCGUCGGUCGGGCUACGCCUUCUCCCACGCACAGGGCUAUGGCGACCUGGUCACGUCUGGCAGGUUCCUCCUGAGACGGCCGGCGAAGAGCCGCGCCCCCCUGUUCACUCAGAAAGACUCCCCCGUCGCUCACAACGAGCCCCAGGUCUACCGAACCAUCGCCGAGGAGCAGGAGGAGACGCAGGACCUCUAG